UGCUGCGCAUGGCCCAAGUCACCCAGUUAUCGCUCAUCUCGGUCAGAGCUUCGAGGCCCGUAGAACUAGCACCCACUCUAGACCUGCUUCAAAACCACAUCCCCCACCACCACAACCCUCUCCGCAUUGCGCCAGACACGCUUGUUGCACGCCUCGAUUGACAAUUCUGAGCCAGGACAGAGCCCCGUACGAGUCUGCAACAUGUCGCAAAUACACGCAAUGUCCGACGACCAGGUCGCCGGCGAGUUGAAGAAGAUGACGGCUUUCAUUCGCCAGGAAGCACAAGAGAAGGCAAAGGAGAUCGAGAUGAAGGCCGACGAGGAAUUCGCCAUUGAGAAGUCCAAGCUCGUCCGCCAAGAGACGGCCAGCAUCGAUGCUGCGUACGAGAAAAAGUUCAAGCAGGCUUCCAUGUCACAGCAGAUCACGCGUUCCACGGUCGCUAACAAGAGUCGAUUACGCAUCCUUGGCGCUCGCCAGGAAGUUCUGGACGACCUGUUUGAGCAGGCCAGUGUCAAGCUGAAAGACGCCACCAAAGAUAAGAAGAAGUACAAGACAAUUCUCAAGGGCUUGAUCCUGGAGGGAAUGUACGCGCUGAACGAGCCAAACCUACUCGUUCGGGCGAGGAAGGAGGACUAUGAUCUGGUGAAGGAGGCUAUGAAAGAAGCUGAAGCCGAGUACAAGAAGGAAGUUGGCAAGGAGAGCAAGUUGGAGCUGGAUGAGGCCAAUCCGCAGCCAGUGGAUUCGGCUGGCGGUGUGUCCGUUGUCAGUGGUGGGGGCAAAAUUGAUGUCAAUAACACGUUCGAAGAACGUCUACGACUUCUUGAAUCGGAGGCCCUACCCAGCAUCAGAUCAACGCUCUUUGGCGAAAACAAGAAUCGAAAAUUCCGCGAUUGAGUGGUCUAUAAGAAGACAGAGGAAUUUCUUAGAGCUUCGUGGGAAAGGCAUUCAAUUGCGCUAGGAUUCGGUUUCUUCGAGCGCUGUGUCAGACAAGUGUAGUCUCCUUUUCAUGUCGGUCGCAUUUGUAGCACUGUGUACAGUACAGAGGGCAAAUAGAUAUCGAGCAAUCUAUAUUAGCGAAAAUUUAUGACCCAA